GUACUCAACUUCCUCUUUCAACACCGAAUUUUCAGCAAGAUAUAUGCAUGCUAUGCAGAGUUAAGCUUUUUUACAACUAGCUGCUUGCAAAGAAACAAGAGUACUUAUCCCGGCUGACUACAAGGCUAGGAUCAUAAAUCUGCAGCUUUUCUUGAUGAAUAUACAGAAACAUUCAAGAUGGAGAGUAACAGUACCAGCAAUGCUGAGACUAACUGCAAUAUCAGCAGUAUGUCAUUUCAGUACUCCCUCUAUGCGACCACCUACAUCAUCAUCUUCAUCCCUGGUCUUCUGGCCAACAGUGCAGCCUUGUGGGUUCUCUGUCGCUUCAUCAGCAAGAAAAACAAAGCCAUCAUUUUCAUGAUCAACCUCUCUGUGGCUGACCUUGCCCACGUGCUGUCCUUACCCCUCCGGAUUUACUAUUACAUCAGCCACCACUGGCCUUUCCAGAGGGCCCUGUGCCUGCUGUGCUUCUACCUGAAGUAUCUCAACAUGUAUGCCAGCAUUUGCUUCCUGACAUGCAUCAGCCUUCAGAGGUGCCUCUUUCUCCUCAAGCCAUUCAGAGCCAGGAACUGGAAGCGUAGGUAUGAUGUGGGCAUCAGUGCUGCCAUCUGGGUCAUCGUUGGGACUGCCUGUUUGCCAUUUCCCAUCCUGAGAAGUGCUGGGUUAGGCAACAACAGUGACUCCUGCUUUGCUGAUCUUGGUUAUAAGAAAAUGAAUGCGGUGGUUUUGGUUCCAAUGGUUACAAUUGCUGAGCUAGCUGGCUUUGUGGUCCCAGUGAUCAUCAUUGCAUGUUGUACCUGGAAAACCACCAUAUCUUUGAGUCAGCCACCGAUGGCUGGGAUCAGUGAGAGGCGAAAAGCAUUGCGGAUGGUUUUUAUGUGUGCUGCAGUCUUCUUCAUUUGCUUUACUCCCUAUCACAUCAAUUUUGUUUUUUAUACCAUGGUAAAGGAAACCAUUAUUAGUAGUUGUCCCAUUGCCCAAAGCACUCUGUAUUUUCAUCCUUUUUGUCUGUGCCUUGCAAGCCUCUGCUGUCUUUUGGAUCCAAUUCUUUAUUAUUUCAUGGCCUCAGAAUUUCGUGACCAGCUAUCUCGUCACAGCAGUUCUGUGACCCGUUCCCGUCUCAUGAGUAAGGAGAGUGGGUCAUCAAUGGUUGGCUAAAGUGAAAUAACUUCAAGUAUGAUGUUGUUUACCUAUGUUCUUUGGCUUUUCCCAAAGACCACAGUUAUCAGCCAAUUUCUUUAACUGCACUUAGGAAACAACAGAACGAAAUGUUUUCUUGUAUAUCAGAUGUGGUCACGGGAUUGUGAUGUUAUGGGUAGAAUGAAAAAUGUUAGAGAACAGGGAAGAUGGGACUCAGGUUUCCUCUUUAAAAUUCAAGGCAAUUCAUUAGUUAAGAGACUUUUAUUUUCUUUUUGCCUGUCCUGGAGUUUGAACUCGGGGUCUGGGUGCUGUCCCUGAGCUUCUU